AUGAGUCAAGUAGGUCAAGUUGUUGGUAUUUUACGUAAACUUAAUGAUGAAUAUCAAACGAGUACACCGAAGAAAUUGAAAUUAAUUGAUGCAUAUUUAGUAUAUGUUUUAUUAACUGGGGUUAUACAAUUUGCUUAUUGUCUUCUUGUUGGAACAUUUCCAUUUAAUUCAUUUCUUUCGGGUUUUAUUUCAACAGUUGGUUGUUUUAUUUUGGCUGCAAGUUUACGUAUUCAAUUAAAUAAAGCGAAUCAAUCAACAUUUAAUGUAUCACCAGAACGAGCAUUUGCUGAUUUUGUCUUUGCUCAUGUUAUAUUACAUUUAGUUGUGAUUAAUUUUAUUGGUUAA